GACACGCCUCUAAAAUUUACCAUGACUCUUCCGUCUACCUUCAAGGCCGCCGUCUUCAAGGCGCAGGGCCAACCGUUGACCUUCGAGGACCUGCCGAUGAAGGAGCCUGGUCGUGGUGAGAUUCUCGUCAAAGUUGAGGCCUGCGGUGUCUGUCAUUCGGAUUCAUUCGCACAGGUUAAUGCUUGGGGUGCUGGUUUCCCUCGCAUCCCUGGCCAUGAGAUAAUUGGCCGCGUUGCAGCAGUUGGGCAAGACGUCAGCGGAUGGGAAGCCGGCCAGCGUGUGGGUUCUGGCUGGCAUGGUGGACACGAUGGAACCUGCAAGGCAUGCAACAAAGGCGUGCAUCAGAUGUGCGAGAAUCAGCUCAUUAACGGCAUAACCAAGGACGGUGGCUAUGCCGAAUACUGUCUCAUCAGGGCCGAAGCAGCCGUCCGUAUCCCCGAGCAUGUUGACGCAGCCAAAUACGCACCUAUAUUGUGUGCUGGCGUGACGACUUACAACUCGAUGAGGCGCCAGGGGAUCGCGGCAGGCGAGACGGUGGCCAUUCAGGGACUGGGCGGCCUAGGUCACCUGGCAAUCCAGUACGCGCAGCGCAUGGGCUAUCGUGUCGUGGCUAUCUCGAGAGGCUCCGACAAGGAGAAGGCGGCUAGAGAUCUGGGUGCUCACGAAUACAUCGACGCAGCCAAGGAAGAUCCCGCCGCAGCUCUCAAAAAGCUCGGCGGAGCUGCACUCAUCGUUGCUACCGCGCCCCAUUCAGCCGCAAUCUCCCCCCUGGUCGGUGGCUUGGGCAUAAUGGGAAAAUUGCUGCUCCUCGCGGUUACGGGUGAAUUGAGCGUGCACACAGGCAUAAUGCUUGGAAAAGGCUGCUCAGUCGCUACGUGGCCAUCUGGCAACGCCCUCGACUCUGAAGAAGCCAUCAACUUCACCGAGUUACAGAAUGUCGACUGCAAAGUCGAGACUUUCCCUCUGGAAAAGGCAAAUGAAGCGUUCAAGGUGAUGAUGGAUGGUACUGUGCGGUUCCGAUCAGUCGUGACCAUGACCUGA